AUGGUUUUCUUCUUACACGCGGCGCAGGCGCCCCGUAGCCUGGCCCUUCCCGACGCUCAGGACGAUGCCCUGGGUGCCCGCGUGGUGCAGGAGGAAGCAUCGCCCUACUCUUUGGUCCAUAUCUGUCUGGAUGUCUUGAUUGCCAACCUGGAGAGAUUAUGUUUUGAAAGACCUGAUGGAACACUUUGUCUUCCAGAGAAUUGGAUUUUUCCUAGGGAAAUAUCUGAUCAAUUCCUUAGGAGGAUGGCUUCGCAAGGCAAGCUGACUGACAGAACAGCAAGUAUUUUCCAAGGCAACCAAAUGAACUUGAAGGUGCUCAGUAUCCAAAAAGCUAAAAUCUCACCAGCUACCUUCACAGGAGCCUUCUGCCAUCAUAAGCUCAUUGAAGUAGAUGCCACUGCAGUGCACUCUGACCUCCCAGUCCCAGACAUUUUAAAUGCACUCUGCAGCAACAGAUGGAUCCAGCAAAACCUCCGGUGUCUCCUGUUAGAUUCAACAACUGUCCCUCAAAAUUCAAGAUUACUGUUUGUUGGUCAGCUCACUGGUCUUCGCAUUUUAAGUGUUUCUAAUAUUAGCUUUUAUAAUGAAGACCUGGUUAACAUUUCUCAGUUACCAGUGCUGCAAUACUUGGAUAUCUCCAAUACUCUGAUCACUAACAUCUCUGCACUCAUCACCUGUAAGGAUCGGCUCAAGUCUCUCACAAUGCACAAUAUGAAAUGCCUGACCAUGACUAAAUUACAAAUUCUUGAAGUUAUCAGAGAACUGAAAUGUUUGCUUCACCUCGAUAUUUCUAAUCACAGGCAGCUCAAAUCAGACCUAGCUUUUCAUUUACUACAGCAGAAGGAUGUACUGCCUGAUGUUGUAUCCCUCGAUAUUUCUGGGGGCCAGUAUAUCACUGAUGGAGCUGUAGAAUUGUUUAUACGCCAGCGGCCUUCAAUGAAAUUUGUGGGACUCUUGGCUACAGAUGCUGGUUAUUCUGACUUCUUAAAUGGAAAGCAAGGCUUGAGGGUUGCUGGAGGAGUUAGUAUAAAUCAGAUUACUGAAGCACUGAACCAAUACAGGAACAGGUCAUGUUUUAUGAAGGAAGCUCUCUGUAGACUCUUCACAGAGACCUUCUCAAUGAAUGUUUCUAUGCCUGCCCUUUUAAAGCUUGUAGCUGUAGGAAUGAAGAAUCACCCAUUGGAUUUACCAGUGCAGUUCACAGCUAGUGCUUGUGUUCUCAACUUAACACGCCAGGGGCUGGCCUGUAGAAUGCCUGUUCGUCUGUUGUCAGAGGUCACCUGUCUACUUUUCAAAGCUAUAAAAAAUUUCCCCUUUUACCACCAGUUACAGAAGAAUUGUCUUCUCUCCUUAACCAAUUCCAGGAUUCUUGUGGAUGUUCCAUUUGAUAGGUUUGAAGCUACCAAGUUUGUGAUAAAGUGGCUUUGUAGGCAUGAGAAUCCAAAGAUGCAAACCAUGGCAGUGAGCAUCACCUCCAUUCUCGUCUUGCAGCUAUUACCUGGACAAACCUCACAACUUCAAGAAGAACUCCUUAUGGCAGUUAAGGAACUUCUAGCAAUAGUGAAACAAAAGACUACUGAGAACUUACAUGAUGUCACCUUCUUGUUUAGUAUGAAAGCACUUUGGAAUCUUACAGAUGAGUCUCCUGCUGCCUGUAAAUACUUUAUUGAAAAUCAAGGAUUGGAGAUCUUCAUUCAAGUCUUAGAGACUUUUCCAGAGUCCACAAUACAAAGCAAAAUACUUGGUCUUUUGAACAACAUAGCCGAAGUCAGAGAACUCUCUCCCACGCUGAUAACCGACUGUGUGCUGAAGCAUAUAAGCAGUUUACUUCAUAGCAAGGACAUAGAAGUGAGCUAUUUGGCUGCAGGUAUCCUAGCCCACCUGACAUGUGACAGAAAAAAAUGGCUCUUCCAUGACCUGCAAAGGAAUGCUCUUCUCCAGGAUUUGCAUGCAACCAUCCAGAAUUGGCCAAGUUCAAGUUGUAAGAUGUCAGCAUUGGUGACUUACAGAUCCUUCAGGGCAUUUUUCCCACUACUUGGCAACUUCUCUCAACCAGAGGUUCAACUCUGGGCACUAUGGGCUAUGUAUCAUGUCUGCAGUAAAAACCCCAGCAAAUACUGCAAAAUGAUAGUGGAAGAAGAAGUGUUGAAGCUUUUGUAUGAUACCCAGGAGCACAGUCAGGUGAACCCACAAGUACAGCAGCUUGCAGCUUCCAUUCUAGAGGACUUCAGGAUGCAUUUUAUGAAUUAUCAGAGGCUCCCACUAUAG